AUGGGUAAGAAAGCAAUCCAGUUCGGAGGCGGCAACAUUGGCCGUGGCUUCGUUGCAGAGUUCUUGCACCAGUCUGGCUACGAGGUCGUCUUCGUCGAUGUCGUGCCACAGGUUAUAGAAUCGCUGUCCAACAACAAGUCGUACAACGUGACCGAAAUCAGCGAUGAGGGAGAAAAGACCAAGACAAUCACCAACUAUCGUGCCAUCAGCUCCAAGACCGACGAGCCAGAGGUCGUCAAGGAGCUUGCUACUGCUGAUGUUGUCACCUGUGCUGUUGGGCCAAACGUAUUAAAGUUCAUCGCUCCUGUAAUUGCCAAAGGCAUCGACGCUCGUGAAGCUGAUCGUCCCCUUGCGGUCAUUGCCUGUGAGAAUGCCAUCAAUGCCACUGACACUUUGCGAGGACACAUUGAAGGGCACCUUGACAAAGCUCGUCUCGACACCCUCCUGAAACGUGCUAGAUUCGCCAACUCGGCUAUUGACCGAAUCGUCCCAAAUCAACCCGCAAAUGCAGGACUCGAUGUUCGUAUUGAGAAAUUCUACGAGUGGGUAGUUGAACAGACUCCAUUUGGUGAAUACGGUCAUCCAGACAUCUCCGCCAUUCACUGGGUUGACCACCUCGAGCCUUACAUUGAACGCAAGCUCUUCACUGUGAACACUGGUCACGCAACUGCUGCUUACUAUGGCCACAAUGCUGGUAAAAAAACAAUUCAUGAUGCCUUGGCUGAUGAGAAGAUUCACAAGGCAGUUCACGACGCAUUAGAUGAGACUGCAGCUUUGAUUAUCAAGAAGCACGGCAUCUCCAAGGAAGAGCAGAAGGAAUAUGUCGAUACUAUCGUUCAACGUAUCUCCAAUCCUUAUCUCGAGGAUAUCGUGGAACGUGUCGGUCGUGCACCACUGCGCAAGCUUUCUCGCAAGGAACGUUUCAUCGGACCGGCUGCCCAGUUGGCUGAACUCGGCAUGAAGUACGAUGCUUUACUUGGAUCCAUCGACAAGGCGUUACGAUUCCAGAAUGUUGAAGGAGACGCUGAGAGCUUCGAGCUCUCAAAGAUCCUGCAAGAGAAGUCCGCCGCUGAAGCUACUAAGCAACUCACAGAACUCGAAACCGACCACCCUCUUUACAGGGAUGUCCUGAGGUUGGUUGAAAAAGUCCAGUCAGAAUUCGAAUCAAUGUAG